GGGUUUCUCGCAUUUUUUGUUGAAGAGGGGUGUGUUGGAUGGUGGGCGACGAUCGGGUAUACAAAGGCCCAGUCGCCUCCUGCGCCGAACGCUGAUUCUGUUCUGCCUUCAUUCCUGUCUCCCGUUUUUUUCAAGCUCGACAGCGCUUCCCUUCGUCGCUACGUCUUGUCAGCCGUCACAGCCUUGCUUUAGGACACGUCCAUACACUUCUCUCGCUUCGAACCCAACACGAUCGCUACCGCACCAUGCAGCUCUUCACUCUGCUCCCACUCGCCCUCGCGGCCCUCGUGUCUGCCCAAGAUGCUAACACCACCACUGUCUCGGUGUCCUACUCCAACCCAGCGACCACCCUCCUCACCCAGACCAAUUCCCUUGGCGUAGUGACCGGCCAGCCUACCCAGCCAGCACUCGUCACCUCGCAAGCGUCAGCUGCAAUCGUACCAGCCGGCUUCACUUCGGGAACCACCACCGCCACGUACGGCAAUCAGACAUUCACAAUCGCGGUCAACAGUGGCGUCACCAGCAUUAUCAGCAACACGCCCACACCAACCACUCAGACCACCGCAGCACAGUCUGGAACAAGCGCUUCGGGUUCGUCUACAAGCCCGUCGACUUCCAGCAGUUCUGGCGCGGCCGCUCACAUCAAGGCUGGCGCCGGAGCCUUGGCCGCUGCUGGUGGCUUCUUCGCCGUCUUCAUGUGAAACACACAGCUGAACAUUCCUUUUUCAAAAAAAAAAAGGCAUAUUCCUGGGAUCAUUGCAUCUUUUUCUUCUUCGGCAUGGUUGGGAGAGGAGAAGUUCCAAGGCAUUUGAGAUCCAGCCUAGCUUAGCAUUUAAUCCGAUGACAUGUUGCAUUGCUUUCUGGAGUUCUGGCAAGCAGCAUGCGCAAUACGUCGACCCGCUAAUAUGUAGUAAUAUCUGUAAAUGAACUUAAUGAGACAGAGCCAACCUUCGAAACCUCA